UCUGCAACUAUUUAAUUAUAAAGCUGUCAGUGAGGCACAACUUUAGAAAUAUUUUAAUAGAAAUGUCAGUUGGAAUGAAGGUCUCCUUUCUAGUCAUGACAAUAGGAGAACUCAUCUUAGGAAUGCUGGGAAAGGGGUUCAUUGGACUGGUAAACUGCAUCAAAUGGGUCAAGAAUGGGAAGAUCUCAUCAGGUGAUUUCACCUUUACCAGCUUGGCUAUGGCCAGAAUCAUUCAACUGUUGGUACUAACAGAUUGGUUAACUACCUGGUUUGCCGCCUGCCUAAGCAUUUUGUUCUUCCUCAAGAUAGCCAAUUUCUUCCACUUCUUUUUCAUCUGGCUAAAGUGGACAGUGAAGAGAGUGAUUCUUGUACAUUUCCUGGAAUCUUUCUUCUCAUUGUCUGUUAACCUCUUAAUGCAGGAUGCUCUUAGUGAGUUGUGGAUGAAUACCCAUAGACUACAUGAAAGACACAUGACUUUGCAUUUAGAUGUAAAUAAAAUUUCCUAUUUUAAAAGCCUUCUUCUUAGCUUGACUUAUGUUACCCCUUUUCUUCUAUCCAUCACCUCUUUGAUCCUUUUAUUUCUGUCCUUGAUGAGAUACACCAAGAAUUUGCAGCUCAACCUGAUGGGAACAGGGGACUCCAGCACAGAGACCCACAAAAGGGCCAUGAAAAUGGUGACAACCUUCUUCCUCCUCUUCAUCAUUGACUUUAUUUCCACUCUAAUAGCAAGGUGGAUCUUCCUUAAGGUACACAGGUAUCAGGUUAUGAUGUUUGUCAUGGUGAUUUCAACUACCUUUCCCUCAGACCACUCAUUUAUCAUAAUCUUGAGCAACAGCAAGCUAAGAUAGAUCGCCUUAGACUGCUGUAGCAUCUUAAAUUAUCACUUGAGAAAAGCAAAACUUUUAGAUUCAUAG